AUGUAUUUACGAUCAAAUGAAAAUAUUCAGCGUACAUUAACAGGUUUCACAAACCAUCAAAUUAUUUCUUGUGUCGACUAUUUUUCAAAUGAUAAGAUUGGUCAUUGUCAUAUUUACACAUAUCCAUAUACAAUGAUACAUUAUGAUAAUCUUACCAAUAAUUUUUCAGGUGAAUUAUUUAAAUGUGUUCAAACUAUAAGAUUAUUUGAUGAAAGUCCUUUUGAACAUAUAUUUUUCAUGCGAAUUUCUCAAGCAGUUCCAUUUUUGAAAUACUUGACUGUACGUAACUGGCAGUCACAAAAUGGCAAACAACAUCAAGAGUCAAAUGACGAUAAUCAAGAUUUUCCAAUUAUCGAAUAUCCUCACCUUAUUAGACUCCAUCUUCUCCGCAUUCAUGAUGAUUAUGCUGAGCAAGUUUUACUUGAUACGAAAACGUGUUACACACAAUUUCACAAGAGACGCAACACGAAUCAAUUGUUCUAA